GCUUGUGUGUGUAAAAAUAAAAAUUCUAAAAUGAUGGAUGCGCGUAAAAAAAGAAUACAAUGAAUAAAAGGUCAAACUGUGGAGGAAAUAAAAACAUUCUUAAGGGGUGAUUGUGUUUUAAAAGUGCAUGUGAAAUAAGAAUAAUUUGAAGAGUACAAUGGAAAAUAUUUAAAACGUGUGCGUAAAUAUUGAGGAAAAUAGAAUAAAAGAUUAGAAUGUGGGAAAUAAAAUACAUUUUUACAUACAAAUACAUACAAAAUGUAUAAAACAGGCAAAACCAGUAAAAACCCAAGUGUGUAAAAUAGCCACAAUAAAAAAAAAACAAUCCCAAAACAAUAUUUGUGUCUAUCUUAAAAGAAAAUCACAAAUAAGUAAUAUUCAUUUUCUUUUUUUAAAAAAAGUAUAAACUCAUUCCACACCUUCAGAUUACACUGGCAUUGAUUUUUAUCCUGCAUUUAAAAGUAAUAAAAAUGUAUUCAUCCAUCCAUCCAUCUACGACUAAUACUAAUGACGAUGAUCAUUAGGUUCGCCCCGACGGACGUGUGAUGACGCAACGGCGGCUCUGGGCUCUCGUGGACACGAGUACUGUCUCUUUAAAUUUACCCAGGAGCCCCUUAAGGAGCCCCAGGGGCCCCUCGUCCGGCUCCCCACCCUGAAGACAAGCAAGAGUCUCCAAAAUACGCGACUGGAGGCCCACGCUCACGCUUUUGUCGCACCUUUUCCACGGGAGGAAAAACUGUUAACUUGUCAAUAGAGGGGUUUACGUUGAGGGUGUCGCUCGCGCGCGCACGCACGCGCGGGUCGUCGGGGCUUCCGUGAGAUGCCAGAUGCGCCUCGCGAACGUGCUCGUGCGCGCGUGACACGUCCCGGAACCGGAGCGAGUGCGGGAUGGACGACGCCACCGAGCUCCGGGGUGCCGAGCGGGCUCGGCCACGGCCGGAGCCGCUCUCAUUAACCGUACGCGGGGAGGAGGAGGAGGAGGAGGACGAGGCGGCCCGCGGGCACAGCCACUCGGGAGCAGAAGACGCACUUUCCAAUGGCCACGCGACCCAAGACGAAUGCGAGGCGGAUUCGGCGGUCCUGGCAGGGCCGGUCCGAUCGCCGGGCACCAGCUACUGGAGCAUCAGCGAGGGCCCGGACCGGCCCCCGAUCCUGUCGCCGGCGCCGGGGCCAUCGGGACGCAAAGUGCGGCGGGCGUCGCGGCCCGGCCUGAGUCGCAUCCCGGGCCGGGACCACCGGCGCUAUUACCACGAGUACUGGCGCAGCGAGUACCUGAUGGACUUUGACCCGCUGCGGCACGGCAUGAUCUGCAUGGUGUGCGGCAGCUCGCUGGCCACCCUCAAGCUGAGCACCAUCAAGCGCCACAUCCGCCAGAAGCACCCCGACUCGCUGCUGUGGAGCCCCGCCGACAAGGAGGUCAUCCGCUCGGGCUGGGAGAGCCACCUGAGCCUCGGCGCCCGACCCGUCCGAACAUCGCCUCGGGGGCACCCGGAAGCCGACGGCGAAGAGCUCGCCGACGAUGUCGGAGCCGCGGCACCCGAGGCACAGCCGCAGCAGAGGCGGAGCCUCUCUCCCGGGCCCGAGGCGACGGGCGACGAGGCCGGCGAUGAGGCGGCGGCGGCGGCGGAGGCCCGCACGCUGGAGUGCUACCUGAACGCGUCGCUGCACGCGUGGUUCCGCCAGGAGUUCCUGAUGGAGUACGAGGCGGAGGCGGGCCGGCUGCUGUGCAUGCUGUGCGGCGGCCAGCUGCCCUCGCUGCACCUGGACCACAUCAAGAGCCACGUCCUCCAGCGCCACCCCGACUCGCUCGUCUACUCCUCCGAGCAGAAGCACUGCGUCCUGCAGGCCUGGGCUCACACUCACGACGAGUCUGAGAACUCGAUCCAAUCAGAAGCAAUCGCCAAAGACGAGGCCGAUGGCGGCACGUGGGACGCCUCGCCGUCUCGGGACGGCGGUGCGACGGGUGACGACGACGGCGGCGUGGAGGCUCCCCGGCCGGGCACCAAGCGGCGCCGCGGCGCGUGCGGCGACUCGUGGCAGCUGCGCCUGGACUACCUGGUGGCGUACGGGCCCCGGGGCCGCCACGUCUACUGCAUGGUGUGCUCUCAGGCGCUGCGCGGGACGCAAGUGCGCAGCUUCCGCCGCCACAUCCAGGAAUGCCAUCCCGAGACGUUCAGCCUGAGCCAGCGAGAACGCGAAGCCAGAGCCGCCGCCUGGACCAAAGACUAUUGCGCGGACGGCAUCCUGGCGCAAGACGAAAUCAGCACAAGUGACGCCGCCGUCCUCAAUACCGGCGGAGGCCCGAAUGAGAACAGCUCCCCCGACACCAAAUCGGCGGUGAAAGAAGAAGAGGAUGACGAAGAGGAGGAGGACGACGGAGGAGGAGGAGGAGGAGGAGGAGUCAAGGACGCGGCCAAGGACGCCACGCCGCGCCACAGCCACUACCCGGGCAAGGACCAGCGGCGGAACUACCAAGUGCGCUGGCGCACGGACUUCCUGAUGGACUACGACUGCCGGCGGCACGGUCUGAUCUGCAUGGUGUGCGGCGCGGCGCUGGCCACGCUGAAGGUGAGCACCAUCAAGCGCCACAUCCAGCAGGUGCACGCGCACUCGCUGCGCUACGGCGACGACGAGCGGCGCCGCGCCACGCUGGCCUACGACCGCGACGCCGCCCUCUUCGCCCACGCCGAGGACUGCUUCCUCUCCCGGGAUCACGCGCGCGCCGAGACGGGCCACUUGGCUACAUAGAAGGGGGGGAGGGGGGGUGCGUCCUGACACAAGUGGCGGAACCCAAAAGCCUUCCGAGAAAUACGCUGCAUUUGGGAAGUUCUGUGGAGAACUCGGCUUUAUGUUACGGCUUUAUUCCAAAACGGAAUCCAUUUUUUUUCCUGCGUAUGAUUUUGACCUCAUAAUCCAAAAAAAAAAAAAAAAAAAAAAAAAAAAAGUCUUCAUCUGACAGGCUUAUUCCAAAUUCAGGGUCGUGAAAAGGGCGGCUGACAGGGCGGUGCCCCCCCCCCCCCUGCCCACCCCCCCAGUCUUCCCUCUGCAACAAAAUGAAUUUAAUCACUUUUUUGCCCUUUGAUAUGCCACGCCCCAUUUUCAUUCAACUUCAAUUGUUGGGUGUACAUUUUUGCAUUUGUAUUCAAUCAUAAACGAGGCAAUCACCGAUAUCUCUUCACGUUUGACACUCAACGGAGCCACUUUAUGUUCCAGCGCUUAUUCCAAUACGGAAUCAAUUCAUCAAGUCUUAAUGUUCACAAACGACGCACAGUGUUCACCACACGCAUUCGCCAGGACGGCUUUGGAGCCUUCUGGGGGUCAAGGAACGAGGUUGAAUUGAGUCGAGGGCUUCAAUUAGUGCUUUGCCGCCGUUUUGUGAACCAGCAUGGCAAAAUUCAGCACAGGAUUUUGACGCUUGAAAGAACCAACCCAUCUCCCGAGUGUUUCAACCCGACUAACCAAUUGAGUUCACGCGUUGACAUCAUGUGACCCGAGACGUGACCGCCCACUACUUUCCAGAUGCACCGUAUGUGCCCCGCGAUUGGCCGGCCACCCCGCCUCUCGCUCCCUAAUGAGGACGAGCACUCGGCAAGCACUUGGGAGGAGCCCGGCGUGGACUCAACGCAUGCGUCGCAUUUCCAAGACGGCGUGGAGAACUUCGGAACGCUUCUCAACCGGAAAAAAAAAUUUUAAAAUCUCAGGGAUCGUGCUUCCGUUUUAACGACGGUGUGAUGCAAGACGGGUUGCCGCCUGACCGAUUGGGGAACGUUGUAAGCGAAAGGUCGACGCAGCAAAGAGGCACUUGGGUAACAUUGACGUGUUUUCCAGACAACGGCACUUCAUGUGGGAAGGAGGAGCGACAUCGUCCACAAAAAAAAAAUUUCAGCACUUAAUUCAUUGGAAAUGACAGCAAUGAAAUGGCGCCUUUUUGUUACAUGUGCUUGACCUCCACGUCACCUUUGAUUAAAUCAUGCAAUAAA